AUGGUGAGUAAGGACAUCUUGAAAGGCAUCACAGGGGUCUUCCAGCCUGGCACUUUGACAGCCAUCAUGGGGGCAAGCGGAGCGGGAAAGACUACCAUGCUGAACGCUAUUGCUGGAGAGUCCGCGGGAGGUUUCAUUGAAGGAGAGAUCUUGGUGAAUGGCGCAGAGGUGGGGGUGGACACAAUGCGUCGUAUCAGCGCGUUUGUUUUCCAGGAUGAUCAGCUCAUGGCGUCGAUGACUGUGCGGGAAGCCAUCCAGAUGUCUGCGGACCUCAGGCUGCCCAAGGGUAUGACGAAGGAGGAGAAGGCGGAGAGAGUGAAACACGUCAUCGAGAUCCUCCAUCUCGAGAAAUGCUCCAAUACAAGGAUCGGGUCGCCGACAGCCAAGGGAGGGAUUUCAGGUGGUGAAAGGAAGCGAUGUGCGAUCGGGAUGGAGCUGAUCACGAACCCUUCAAUUCUCUUCCUCGACGAGCCCACGACAGGUCUUGACACGUUCAUGGCCUUCAGCGUUGUCGACACCCUUCGCCAACUGGCAGCAGCAGGGAGGACAGUUGUCGCUACAAUCCAUCAGCCGAGCUCCGACACGUUCCACUGCUUUGAUAACCUGUUGGUGUUGGCCAAUGGAGAGAUUAUGUACCAGGGAAAGGCGGCUGAGAUGGUGGACUACUUCGGCGAGCUAGGACUAAGGUGUCCGCCCUACGUGAACCCAGCGGAUCAUUUGUUCAUGAACGUUCUGAAUGACGUGGAGAUGGAGGAGGACGGUGACAAGGCAGGUCUUCUGGCGCGCACAACGAGGUUACUUGAGCACUACAACGGCUCUGCGCAAGUGGACUCGAUGCUCAAGUCGACCACGAAGGCCGUUGAGUUCAACGUCAACGACCUUGAGCUACGUCCAGGAAUUCUCUCUCAAAUGAGUACCCUGUACGCCCGGAGCAUGAAGAAUGUUGUUCGCAACCCAAUGAUUGCUCGAGCGAAGCUUGCGCAGGCGUUGGUACUGGGAUCGAUCGUGGCACUCAUCUAUCAUGACCUGGGGCGUUAUCAAAUCGACAUUCAAGCGAGGACUGGCGCGUUGUUUUUCUUUGCUAUGAACAUGGUCAUGAACGCCUUCUCCAUGCUUUCGGCUUUCGCGCAAGAAAAGAUUGUGUUCGAAAGAGAGCAGGCUCUAGGCAUGUACAGCGUGAUGUCAUAUUUUAUUCCCAAAGUGUUCUCUGAGUUACCUCACAACAUCAUCUUUCCCACCGUUCAAGCUUGCAUAGUGUAUUGGUCACUGAAACUCAAGAACGAUGCGGCGACGUUCGGGCUCUUCUUGGUGGUACACCUUCUCAACACCAACGCGGGGAACGGUCUUGGAAUCUUCAUCGCCUCAAUCUUCUCGGACCUGAGGAUAACACUCAUCGCUGCCCCCCCUCUGAUUCUCCCGCUAAUGAUUUUCUCGGGUUUCUUCAUCAACACAAACUCGAUCCCUCCGUACUUUAACUGGAUCAAGUACAUCUCGCCGAUGAAGUACGCCUUCGAAGCUUACGCCCUGCUGGAGUUCAGGCUGACAGGCGAUCAGGUUCUAAAGCAGCUGGGGGCCGAUGGAGAUCUCAAGAUCUAUCAGAACAUUUUGUGCCUCAUAGCUCUCUGGCUGGGCACGCACAUCUUUGCGUUCUUCGCCCUCCGUCGCCUCGUCUCGAGGAGGUUCGCAUCAGGCUCCGCUGCCUCGAAUCCCGUCCGGCUGACUUGCGCGCAGAGAAAAGAAUCGAACGAAGAUGGUGAGUCGCAACGGGCCAGGUGCCAACGGCAACGCUAA